UGUGGUGCUAGAAGGUGCCAGCAAAGCAGCCCAGAAAAGGAAAGGAAAGAUAAAAAAUAAAAAAAUCAAGAGUUUCCAAAAAUAAAUAAAUAAAUAAAUAAUGGAAAAUGGUCAUUAGACAUUAGUACGAACAGCUUAUUUGUGCGUCCCUCACUCCCUCCCCCUUACGGGCUUACCAUUCCUUACCCUCACUCACUGCUCCAAUGUUACGCAUGGUUUGGAUUAGUAAUGUUCGUACCUGAUUUCAUCAGUGUUAAGCAAAGUUCCCUUUUUCCUUCACUUGUGACUUGUGCUGCACUCUUACCUCGCUUUUAAAAAUUUUUUUAUCCCUUUUUGGUCGAAGAAAAAAAAAAAGAAAAAGAAAAAAAAGGAACUCCUGUACCUAUCUCCUUCUCUAAAUAGUAAAUAACCAAAAACGUCUGUGUUUUAAGUUUUUCUGUGACUCCUGAGGAUCAUGUUCAUCUCCGAUCCUUCUCUCGGAAGAAGCAGCCGCUACUCCUUCUCUCAGAUCUGGCUCACGGGAUCGGAGUCUCACUUUACUAACUUCUGCAAGGUAAACGAAGAAGAAAGUUAUACCGACUUCAACCGUGGAUCUACUGCGCUGUAUAUGGUAUAUACAACUUGCUACUCUUCUUGUUUCACCUCCAAUCCGCAAAACUACAGUAGCUGUAUGUGUCUUCAGAUAUUUGGUGUAUCUCAAGAUAGGAAAACUCAAGUUACAUGAAAAGAGAAUUAUUGAACAGAAAUAUGACGAAACAUAAGAUAGAAAUAAAGAAGAUAGAGAACAUAGCAGCAAGGCAGGUGGCUUUUUCAAAGAGGAGAAGAAGUCUGUUCAAGAAGGCCGGGGAGCUUUCAACUCUCUGUGAUGCAGAGGUGGCGCUCCUUGUCUUUUCUGCUACUGGCAAACUCUUCCAACACUCUAGUUCAAGUGUGGAACAGGUAGUAGAAAUGCACAAAAAUAUGCAUUCAAGCAUCGACAAAUCAUCAUAUCACCCUCCAAUGGAAUUGCAAAUGCGCAAUGAGGUGGCAGAUAAGACUCAUGAAUUAAGGAUGAAAGAAUGGCAAAUGACAUCACUGUUCUCGCAAAAAAGGGAGUGGAUCUAAUGCAAGAGAAUAAGAAAUUGCUGCAGAUUGCUGAUGAAAAAGAACAAGCAUGAGUUGAAAUAGUUAUCAUCAAUUUACAGGAAAUUGUCCAUCUUUAACUCUUUGCUAUAAAUAUAAUGAAAAAGUGCUUGGGAGAUGUGUUUUGUCUUCCAUGGCUUCUCCAAUGACAAACUCAGCUGAACUUUAUUAACAUGUAUUUUAUAUAUUUUACUUUCAAUAAUUUGAUCCAAAUGAAAUGGUGUCACUGACCAUGCUUGUCUAUAUUAUCUUUAAUGUAAUUAUCUAUGUCGAUAAGAUGUUAAACUA